UGGGUAUAUAAGGGCAGGAUCCCAGCCUGUGUGACACGGAACAAGAAGAGGUCUGAGCUGGGCAGCGCUCUCCAGACUCUCGCAAUGGUUUCGAAGAAGGCGGCGGCCGCUUUGCUCCUGGUGUACGUGAUGUCAGUGCUGGCAGAACAGGCUGAAGGCUUUGUGCCCUUCUUCACCCAGAGCGACAUCCAGAAAAUGCAGGAAAAGGAGAGGAACAAAGGGCAGAAGAAAUCCCUGACCUCUCUGCAGCAGCUGGAAGAGGAAGGCUUCUCUGAGCAAUCUGCAGAUAUCGAAGGAAUGAAGACUAUCCAGCUAGCUGUUCCUGUCAGAGCUGGGAUGCGGCUCAUACUGAGGCAGCUGGAAAAAUACCAAGGUGUCCUGGAGAAACUGCUCACAGAGGUGUUACAGGACACCCCAAACGCUGACUGAUACCAGCAGCGUCAGAAGAGAAAAUGAUGCAGCUUGCUGAAACUAAAAGGCUCCACUUAUGUACACGAAAUCUGUAAAAGAGAUUAACAACAAAAUCUGAGGUGAGAUAAUAAAAUGCGCAGUGUAAUUAAA